AUGAUCAAAAUGCGCUUUUCUACGAUUCUCAUUCUUCCCGCGACCAUCAUCUCCGCUGCUGUGAUUCCUCCCGUGUCCAUCGAUCCGAGCUUGAUUCCAGCCUUUGGCUUAGUAGCUGGUCAAGACCCUAAUGGAAGUGGCAGCUGUGCUGGCGCUAACAAUGUCUUGAUUCCAUGCUUUUGUCCACCCGACCGCCAGGAAUUUGUAGAGAAAGUGAAUUCUGCCGUCGCUUUAGGGAAUUUUCUGGGAACACCAGUCACGUUCAACAUUGACCCUCUUGCUCAAUCAAACAAAGAUAGACUCGAUCAUGCCACAACGUCUCUGAUCGUCUUACAGAGUUUCAACGGUACACGUGGUGUGGGCUGCCCGGCAGCUUCCGCCCCAACCAUCCUCAAUCAACAGAAGCAAUCUGCCAAUCUGAUAGGCCGAGAUCUGUCCGACAAUAGGGAGCUUACUGAGGAUGCUUUCAUGCUAGGUGUAUAG